AAGGCGAAAGCGAAAGUUGGAAGGACAGACGUGGAGCUCUGCAGAGGUCUAGGCAGAGAACUUUUUCUCUCCCGGCUGACCCCACUGGCCUGAACGACCCAUCUACCCCAAACCCUAAACCGCCCUGCCUGCCCCAAGAUGCUGGAGCCAGCGCUGGAGCUCCGAGGGGGCUUCUCCUUCGAGAACUGCCAGAGAAACGCAUCCUUGGAGCACGUCCUCCAGGGGCUCAAGGUCCCUCAUGCACGCAAGACCGGGACGACCAUCGCGGGCCUUGUGUUCCGAGACGGGGUCAUUUUGGGCGCGGAUACGCGGGCCACUAACGAUUCGGUCGUGGCGGACAAGAGCUGCGAGAAGAUCCACUUCAUCGCCCCCAAAAUCUACUGCUGUGGGGCUGGGGUAGCUGCGGACGCCGAGAUGACCACACGGAUGGUGGCGUCCAACAUGGAGCUACACGCGCUGUCCACUGGCCGCGAGCCCCGGGUGGCCACCGUCACCCGCGUCCUGCGCCAGACGCUCUUCCGGUAUCAGGGCCACGUGGCUGCGUCGCUGAUCGUGGGCGGCGGAGACCUGACGGGACCGCAGCUCUACGGUUUGCAUCCCCGUGGCUCCUUCAGCCGUCUGCCUUUCAUGGCCCUGGGCUCCGGCCAGGACGCGGCCCUGGCAGUGCUGGAGGAUCGGUUCCAGCCGAACAUGACGCUGGAAGCCGCACAGGGGCUGCUGGUGGAAGCCAUCACUGCAGGGAUCCUGGGUGACCUGGGCUCCGGGGGCAAUGUGGAUGCAUGUGUGAUCACCAGAACUGGCGCCAAGCUGCUGCGGACCCUGAGCUCACCUACAGAACCCGUGGAGAGGCCUGGCCGCUACCGCUUUGUGCCUGGAACCACAGCUGUCCUGACUCAGGCAGUGAAACCAUUAAACCUGGAGCUCCUGGCAGAAACCGUGCAGGCUAUGGAGGUGGAAUGAAGUAGGCUGAGGCUUAGAGCUUGGAACAAGGGAGAAUAAACCCAGAAAAUACAAACACCUA